UAAAGACGACAAAAUGGAUCGCUACACUUUGUUACUACUGUCUUGCGCAGUGAUUAGCACUGCAGCAUGGUCGCGACCUUUCUACCCUGUUCAUAGACUUCGGGCACCAGUUCGUGUGACAAGAUUUGCCCCACCACAUCCGGUACACCACGCCCAUCAUCAGAGAGCUCCAGCACCUGUCCGUGAAGAAGAGCCUCAAGCGCAUAGACCAAAGCGUGGCUACUAUGACCACGAUCAUGAUCUGGACCAAGACCACCGCGAGACCAGCGGUAUCACUGGUCCUGUUCACACAUUCGUGAAGACCGACAAAAACGCCAACUACAAAUGGGGUGUACGUCAUCACGUGGGAAACAAGUACGCUUCAUAA